AUGCUGCAUCUGAAAGUCCAGUUUCUGGAUGACUCCCAGAAGAUCUUUGUAGUUGAUCAAAAAUCCUGUGGAAAAGGGCUGUUCAACCUCACCUGCAGCCACCUCAAUCUUGUGGAGAAGGAGUAUUUUGGGCUGGAGUUUCGCAGCCAAGCUGGGAACCACGUCUGGUUGGAAGCACUAAAACCCAUAACAAAGCAAAUCAAAAAUCCUAAGGAGGUUCUUUUCAAAUUUAUGGUGAAAUUUUUCCCAGUGGACCCCGGCCAUCUGAGAGAAGAGCUGACCAGGUACCUCUUCACCCUCCAGAUCAAGAAGGACCUGGCACUGGGGCAGCUGCCCUGCAGUGACAAGAGCGCGGCACUGCUCGUCUCCCACCUGCUGCAGUCUGAGCUGGGUGACUUCCACGAGGAGAUGGACCAGCAGCAUCUGGAGACUCAUAGGUACCUGCCCAACCAGGAGUACCUGGACAACAAGAUCAUGCACUACCACCGAAAACACAGUGGGAAGACUCCAGCUGAGUCAGACAUUCAGCUGCUGGAUGUGGCCAGGAAGCUGGAGAUGUAUGGGAUUCGCCCACACCCUGCCAGUGACGGUGAGGGGAUGCAGAUCAACCUGGCUGUGACCCACAUGGGGGUGCUGGUCCUGAGGGGCAAUACAAAGAUCAACACAUUUAACUGGUCCAAAAUUCGCAAACUGAGUUUCAAGAGGAAACAUUUUCUCAUCAAGCUCCAUGCAAACAUCUCUGCACUGUGCAAGGACACUCUGGAAUUCACCAUGGCGAGUCGGGACACCUGCAAGGCAUUCUGGAAGACCUGUGUGGAGUACCAUGCCUUCUUCAGGCUCUCUGAAGAGCCCAAGUCAAGGCCCAAAGCCCUCCUGUGCAGCAAGGGCUCCAGUUUCCGCUACAGUGGGAGGACACAAAGGCAGCUGCUGGAACAUGGGAGGAAGGCAAAGAUGAAGAGUCUGCCCUUCGAGAGGAAGCACUACGCGUCCCGCUAUGACGAGAGGCAGUGCCGCUCCUCACCAGACCUCCUGACAGAUGUCUCCAAGCAGGUGGAGGAGCUGCGCCUGGCUUACGGGACCCGGGGCUCCUACCAUGCGAAUGGGGUGCACGCCUCCGAGCCCACACUGGGCAGCCGGCGCCGGAGCUCUGCUGUGGAUGUGAUGUUCGCUGCCGAGAUGGAGCGUUCCAAGCCCGAAACACCGCCUGCCUUCCUGCCCCACUCCAAAAGCUCCUCUGCCUUUCCCCUGCUCUAUACAGAGCUGGAGCUGCAGCGAGCCUGGGAGCCUGCCAACCUCUUCAGUGCCAGGAACCCCUUGACGUCCUUUCGGCCCUACCACCAGUUCACAGGGAACAAUAAGAGCACCUCGGUGGGCAACAUGCGGGAGGUGAGCAGCCGGCCACUGGUCUAUACAGAUGUCCCAUGUCCCCCGUCCACAGCUGCCCUGGCCCCGCAGCUCCUCUUCUACCUGGACAGACCCCCGCAGCACCCAUACCAUGGGCUAGUGCCCAGUGAGGACACGGUUGGUGGGUGCAGCCCUACGGCUGCAAAACCCCCCAGCCGGAGCCCAAGCGGGACGCAGGUUGGGGAGUUCCAUCCUGAGGCAGCGUGCACGGCAGCUGGCACCAGCCCGGCUCUGCUAGGGGACAGCAGCUCCUUGGAUUACAGCCUGCAGGAGCAGCCUCCCAAGCGGUCUUGGAGCCAGUCAGACAUGAAAACCAUCCACUUCCCCUUCAGCUCGGAGUUCAGACCCCUGGGGCCAUGCCCUGCGCUCAGCAGCCGACGAGCAGGAGUCUUUUGGCAGAUGCCAACCCAGCAGGGCCUGGCGCUGGGGCCGCGGCGAGCAGCCGAGCGCUACGUGGGCAGCAGCACCGAGUCCAGCGACUCCGACUCCGACCUCCUGAGUGCCGACUACUGCUCCCUGUAUGGCCGAGUGCUGCGGUCACCUAUGGCCCGGGUGCGGCUGUCCUCUGGCAGCCUCCAGCUGGAUGAGGAGGAUGAGGAGGUGUCCUUUGCCGCUGAAGAGAGGACUUCCAGGGGGACCUCCAGGUAUUUCACCUAG